GCCUUGUGCUCUUUGUUCACCAAGAUCCCAUUAAAGGUAUUAGCCAAUCACAUUAUAGAAGGCGAGUUUUACGUAAUAAGAGACGCAAUAGCUGAAAGGUAAGGUAGAGGCGACAGCAGAUAUUUUGAUGACAGUUUGUUAACAGUUGAGCAUUCCUAUUCAUUGUGAAGGAUCACACAGUCUGUGAAUAAUUUUUCUUAAUUAUUUUGAUAAAUUUUUGUGUUUAGUAGGAAUACAAUAAAAAAUGGCCGGAUUUAGUGAUGAUCAAUUGACUGAAUUCCAAGAUGCAUUUUCAUUAUUUGAUAGUCGAGGGGAUGGAAAAAUCAGUAUUUCUCAACUCGGUGAUGUCCUUCGUGCUUUGGGACAAAAUCCAACUGAAGCAGAGGUAAAGAAAUGCUGUCCUCAGUUAAAACCAGAUGAGCGAAUUGGAUUUGAAGUAUUCUUACCAAUUUUGCAGACUAUCAGUAAAAACAGAAGCACUGAUACUGCAGAAGAUUUUAUUGAAGGUUUAAGACACUUUGAUAAAGAUGGAAAUGGUUUCAUCAGUUCUGCUGAGUUACGACAUCUUCUCACUACUCUAGGUGAAAAAUUGAAUGAUGAUGAAGUAGAACAGUUACUGGCUGGACAAGAAGAUUCUCAAGGGAAUGUCCACUAUGAAGAUUUUGUUCGAAUGGUGAUGAGCGGCUGAGCAGAAAAGGAGACAAAAAAAGGACAAGACAAUAUUUUGCAUUUAAAAACACUUUAGAAAUUUAUUUUGGAUAUAUUUAUCAUUUACUUUGUUUUCUGAAUUUUGUUAUGAAUCAAAUUGCAAUGAAUGUAUUUCAGUUUUUACUUAAAAAAUUUUGUAAUAAUUAUACUUCUUUUUUGA